AACUAAAUAGAAUAUUUAAGAAAAAUGUUUCUUUUCACUUUGGACGGAGGGUAGAAAGAAAACAGGAAACAGAAUGUGUUGCUGCUACAUCCGGUCAUGCUGCUUCGGCUGCCGUUCCCUUCCGUCAGGAGUGUUUAUAUUAUCUUUACUAAACCUUGUGGUGAAUAUCACCCUGUUGGUCCUGCCCUGGUUGGUGAUAACCCUGGUGGAUGAGAACGGAUACAAGGGUUGGUUAAUCAUCUUGAUGGCGGCAGAUAUCAGCCUAGGGAUCGGAGCUAAAACAAAAAAUAAGGUUCUCCUGCUACCCUGGAUGAUCAUCUACAUCAUACACACCCUCCUCACCCUCGUCAUAGGACCCCUCAUCAUCAUAGGGUCCAUCCUAGCUGCAACCGAGUUCAGGAAAUCAAACUUUUUGGAGGAAAACUUCAAUACGACAAGGAACCAUAUUGACGGUUUUCUGCCAAGCGAGAAUUCUCUGGACAUAUUCCUGGAUAAACUGGAAUCUAAAGCACCCAAGGAUGAGACGGAUAUAAAACGUAUCUCCGGGUUAGUAGUUGCUGGAUUUCUCCCUCUGUGGUAUAUCUACUGCUGGAUUGCAGUCAAGAGUCUGUAUCGUCUUCUUGCAAUCCUAGAUACAGAGACAGAGAGUAACAGUGGUCGAAGGUUUCCAAGAUCCAAUAGAGUGAUGAUACAUCCUAGGGACAAUCAGCAGAACCAACCGUACAUUAACCAUCAGCCAUACACUAACCAGCAGCCGUACACUAUACGUGGAGUACAGGGUGUACAACCCCCCCAGUUCAUAGCACCAAGCUAUCCAGGGUACUACACGUAUCCCCCAUACAGCAUGCCACCCCCCUACUGAAAGUAUAGAGUCCUUCCAUAGAGCAUGCCGCCCCUCUAUUAAACAGCAUAAAGACCCUCCAUACAGCAUGCCGCCCCCUUAAUGAACAGUAUAUAGACCCUCCACAGAGCAUGCCACCCCCCUACUGAACAGUAUAUAGUCUCUCCAUAAAGCAAGCACGGCCCCACUGAACAGUAUAUAGUCCCUUCAUAAAGCAUGCCGCCCCCCUACUGAACAGUAU